UAGCGGAGAGAUCGGGAACGCUUCAUUCUGGAAGAUGGCGUGGGUGAGGUUUGUGCUGCAGUCUGUCGUUGAGAUUCUCGUAUUCCCGGUGACCGUUCUGCAGUACAUUGGAAUAUGGGACCCGCUAUACAAAAGGUUUUUCCCGAUUCUCAUGUCCAGAUUCACGAUUGACAUAAACAAGAAGAUGGCCAAAGUUAAGAAGGAACUCUUCGACAAGCUGCCAGAUUUCGCUAGUUCUUCGGGACUCACUGUCUUGGAAGUAGGUUGCGGCUCUGGUGCUAACUUCAAGUUUUUUCCCUGGGGCUGCAAAGUCAUAUGCGUCGAUGUGAACCCCAACUUCAAGCGCUUCUUGCAAGAAAGCGACGCCGAGAACAAGCACGUUAAGAUAGAAAAGUUUAUUCAGGCAAGCGGCGAGGAUAUGGGCCUAGUGGCAAGUGGGUCGAUCGAUGCCGUGGUGUGCACAUUGGUCUUAUGCAGCGUUCAAGACAUUGACUUGGUGUUGAAAGAGGUUAUGCGCGUGCUGAAACCGGGCGGUGCAUUUUUCUUUAUUGAGCACGUGGCUGCUGAGAAAACAAAGUGGCGGUACUUCUUUCAACAUGUAAUCCAGCCAGCGUGGCGUUAUUUUGGGGACGGGUGCUUUCUGACCAGGGAAACUUGGAUAAACCUUGAAAAAGCCAAAUUCUCGAAGUUGAAUAUAAAGCAUAUCACUGAGCCCUUGGCAUUCAAUUUGAUUUAUAAUCAUGUUGUUGGAUAUGGAGUUAAAUGAGAAGCUAGUUACUGGGAGAUCCAUACCCAAGCUGGAUUGUCUUUUGAUUAUACAUUGCAAUUUUCUUCUAUAGCUGUCAUUGCAAUAAUAUAAUUAACACACACAAAAUGCUACAGAAACUCAGCAGGUCAGGCAGCAUAUUUGAAAAUGAAUGAACAGUGGACGUUUCGGGCCAGGACAAACCAUCGGCUGUUUAUCCAUUUCCAUAGAUACUGCCUGACCAGCUGAGUUUCUCCAGUAUUUUGGAGAUGGAGUUUCAGCAUCUGCAGAAUUUCUUAGGUUUAUGAAUAUCUUAGAAGUUACAGGUCCUCUCCAAGUUACAGCAGGGUUCCGUUCUUGAGAACCAUCCAAAAUCCAAAAAGUUUGUGAGCGGGGAAAGCAGCCACAAACUGAGUUCCCACCUGGUAAAAGGUGCCUGUAGAGCGUCAUUAUUAUCUUGGGCUAAUAUUCUUCUCGGGUUUGAUGUGACAAAAUUCCAGCCAGUCCCAUGAGUGGCCGGCAAACCCAUCCCACUGGUCUGCCAAACACUCGAUCAUAUGUACAGACUGUACUUACGGCAGGCAAUUCUUGAGGACGACCUGUAAUUGUGGUUUAGAUUAGUUUUAAGUGAAUCCUUUUAAAUUGUAUCAUGUAGAGAGAAAUUUCUGUAUCAGUGUUUUCUCAAAUGUAAUCAAGUGAGGUACAUAUCCAUCGGUAUCGCAUAAGAGCCUUGUUUGUUUUGAUAUUUAAUUACAUUAAUAAAUACUUACCUUUAUAUCCUCCAAACCUUCCUGGUCCAGAUUA